AUGUCUCCGCCUGGCGACCAUGCACAGCUCAAGGCCGCAAAGACAAGCAAGAUACCCAACUCCAAGAGACCAAAACCGCGACCACCGCGGGGACUGCGAGAUAAACUGUGGCUCCCAGGUCGGGCACUACCGACCUAUACAGGGCCGUACCCUGUUGGAACGAUAGAGAUCGAGGUACCUGCAGCGAACCCAAAAGCCUUUUCGCACAUCACACGGAAGGGACGACACCCUCUGCAACUGGAAACGGUUCUCAUGACCGUAUACUUCCCAGCAUCCAUCGACGAGAACAGCUACUCGAACCUGCCGAAUCAAGGGUCGCAAAAAUCAAGGGAACUCUGGCUUGGUCGACCUCGGUGGAAAGUGGCUGGCGGCUAUGGCAAAUUCGCCGGAGUUGGCGAAGCUCUCGCCUACCCGAUCUUCUUACCCACAGCAUUUACCAAAUUACCCGCUUACCGCAACGCGCCCUUGGCGCAUUACUGGGCACCUGCUGUGGAUGCAAAGACUCGAGGGAAGAAAGUCAAGCUGGAAGGGGGCGAGCGCCCUGAAGGAGCGACCGAAGAACCAGUAUUCCCGCUCAUUCUAUUCUCUCACGGGCUUGGCGGGACCAGAACGAUGUACUCAUCCGUGUGUGGCGAGUUUGCAAGCUACGGCUUUAUCGUGUGCGCUGUAGAGCACAGGGACGGCUCCGGGCCCAGGACGUACAUCAACCAUGCCAAGUCCGGAGAAGGCACGGCUACCGAUCUGGAAAAGCGCGGAAACGUGGAUCAUUUCCAGAAGGAGCAUGAGCAGGGCUUUGAUGUGAUCGACUACAUCUUUCCGCUGGACAACCCGUUUGAUACGGCGCCAAACAACGACAAAGGCGUGGAUCGAGAGCUCCGCGAAGCGCAGAUCGAAUUGCGAAUGGCCGAGCUGGAAGAAGCGUACAGUGUCAUGUGCGAAUUGAACAAUGGCCAUGGUCAAAUGAUCGCUGGCCGAAACUUGCGCAAGGAGGGCUACAAGGGCUCUAGCAAACACGGUCUGAAAGGAAUUGACUGGCAGCGCUGGAAAGACCGACUGCGAACGGAUCACGUAACUAUUUGCGGCCAUUCGUUCGGGGCGGCAACGGCAGUCGAAAUGCUGAGGCAUGACGAUCGAUUCAACUACAUUUCCCAGGGAAUCAUAUACGAUAUUUGGGGGGCGGGAACACGCCCUGCGGACGAUGAUCCUUCGCAUCGCAUCAAAGCCCCGAUAAUCGCCAUCAACAGCGAAGCCUUUACCUAUUGGCCAAGCAACUUUGAACUGGUGGAAGGCCUCGUGAAAGAAGCACAAGCAGAACCCAAGCCGUGCCCAUCCUGGCUGCUGACUCUCCGUGGUACCGUCCAUGUCUCCCAAUCAGACUUCUCGCUUCUCUACCCGAACGUCUGCUCACUGUUCCUCAAAAUGGUCGCGAACCCUCGCCGUGCACUGGAUCUGAAUAUCAACGCCAGCCUCGAGUUCCUCAGCCACGUCCUCCCUGCCGAUCUCGCGCAAGUGAACCGCGCCUACAAGAAUGAAGAAAUCUUAGAAGCGAAACUCAAUCCCUUAGAGCGCAUUCCUUCUGCCCUCAAACACAAGCCAAAGAAAGACAAAUACACUGCGAUGCGACUGGGCAUUCGCCACGAAUGGAUAUAUCGGAUCAGUCCCAAGUUCUUCCGUCAGGUGAAGCGCUGGGAUAUGCAGCGCAAGGGUCAUGCUCCCGAGGCAGGCGAUGAGGUCUGGGUCCAUGUCAAGCCGACAGAGAGUGUGAUGGAAAAAUUCUACCAGAGAACGCCGGGGCGAGACGGGCAUCAGGACGAGUGCGACGGAUGCACUCAAGUAACGGAAGACGCCACGGCGGAGGGGUCGACAGUACUAAUGAACAAUCCGCCGGGAGGCCAGGCAGCGUUCAAACAUCCUGAAGGAGCGACCUCGCGCUCCAAGUGA